CCGUUUGCUCGGCCUCUCUUGUUCUUUGGCCGUUGAAACAUGCCCCGGCACAACAACGUUAUCGCCAACGCGCACUUCCACAAGGACUGGCAGCACCUUGUGCGCACCUGGUUCGACCAACCCGGACAGAAGAAGUCCCGCCGCCAGGCUCGCACUGCCAAGGCUGUCAAGGUCGCUCCCCGCCCCGUUGACACCCUCCGCCCCAUCGUCCACGCCCAGACCUUCCGCUACCACACCAAGAUCCGUGGUGGCCGUGGCUUCACCCUUGAGGAGCUGAAGGAGGCCAAGAUCAACCCCAAGUUUGCCCAGACCAUCGGCAUCUGCGUUGAUCACCGCCGUGUCAACCGCUCGCUCGAGUCCCUCCAGGCCAACGUCCAGCGCCUGAAGGAGUACAAGAGCAAGCUCGUCCUCUUCCCCCGCAAGACCAAGGCCCCCAAGAAGGCCGACUCGCCCGCCGAGCUCACCUCCAAGGCCACCCAGGUCGCCCUCUCGGCUGCCGUCCCCGUCCGCCAGGGCCCCGCUCACUUCAAGGCUCGCGCCAUCACCGCCGAGGACACCAAGCGAUCGGUCUACAACAUUCUCCGUGUCGCCCGUGCCGACGCUCGCAUGCGUGGCAUCCGCGAAAAGAAGAAGAGGGAGGCUGCCGAGGAGGCCAAGGACAAGAAGCCUGCCAAGGAAUAAGCAAAGAAAGCUGCCUUGUUUACAAAGCUCGCUUUUUGUUUUACACUGUCCCCAAACCCCUUAUGCUCCCCCUUUUUGUGUUUUCGCUUGUUUCAAGAGUAAUACAAUACGGUCCAACAUUC